AUGCACGUCUUGACUAUAUAUCCCAACUGCAGCGGCUGAGUUGUCAGAGCUCAGAGCCGGACAGAGCAGAAGAACCCUCUUGGACUGGACGAUCUGGGAAUUCAAAACUUGGGACCAACUGUCAGCCUUGCCCCUGCUGUGCAGGUAGCCUCAAUGCUGAAGAUGGAACCUCUGAACAGCACGCACCCCGGCACCGCAGCCUCCAGUAGCCCCCUGGAGUCCCGUGCGCCCGGCGGCGGCAACGGCAACGAGUACUUCUACAUUCUGGUUGUCAUGUCCUUCUAUGGCAUUUUCUUGAUCGGAAUCAUGCUGGGCUACAUGAAAUCCAAGAGGCGAGAGAAGAAGUCCAGCCUCCUGCUGCUGUACAAAGACGAGGAGCGGCUCUGGGGGGAGGCCAUGAAGCCGCUGCCCGUGGUGUCAGGCCUGAGGUCGGUGCAGGUGCCCCUGAUGCUGAACAUGCUGCAGGAGAGCGUGGCGCCCGCGCUGUCCUGCACCCUCUGCUCCAUGGAAGGGGACAGCGUGAGCUCCGAAUCCUCCUCCCCGGACGUGCACCUCACCAUUCAGGAGGAGGGGGCAGACGAUGAGCUGGAGGAGACCUCGGAGACGCCCCUCAACGAAAGCAGCGAAGGGUCCUCGGAGAACAUCCAUCAGAAUUCCUAGCAUCCCCGGGACCCCUGCCGGUGGCUCCAUCAGCCAGCACCCUUAAGGAGAGGAAAGACAGUUUGCAAGUGUCUGGUUUCACUUUCGCAGUGCGGCUGCCACUUUGAAAAGACCCUCGGCAAGCCCCUGAUUUGGGGUGGGGUGGGGGACUAGGCUCAGCCGGAGCCAGCAGCCCCGAGGAGUCCGGGAGGUGCCUGUGGUUUGCACCCACUACUGAAAAAGCCGCGGAGAUGUGGAGCGUGUACAUUGACUUUGGGGCCUGGGUGUUGGGGUUCUGAUCAGAAGUUGGCGGGAUGAUAUGCUUACCAUUUUCUCACUGGAUGCCCUGGGUAGCUCCUGCAGAAUCUGCCUCUUCCCAGGGCUGCCAAAUGCUUAGGGCAUGCUGAGGGACUAGUUGUGAUUUGCGGUUUGCCUAGAGCUUUGUCCUUCUAGAUCUGAUUGACUGUAAGUAUCUCUACUGUGUACUUGUGGCAUUCCUUCACAGUAGGUUACAAGCUUCUUUUGGAUUAAAGAAGGAUUUUUGGUGGAAGAAAGCUGGAGAUCUGAACCCAGCCCAUUUGCACACU